AACGACGACUCUUUUAAUUUUGUAUAUAUUUUUAAAAUAAAUACUUAACAAAAAUGUUCAAUAUACAUAAAAAUAAAAGAAGUUUCUAGAAUCUUAAGGCUUCAAGGUCUUAAGUAUAUGUAUUUUAAGCAGCUGUUCUUACUAGAAAGGUAAAUGUAUAAAUAAAUCAAAACACGCACACACAGUAUUAAAGAUAGCAGUAUCAAAUUAGUAUACAACAUAUAUUAGUGACGACGCACAAAGUAAAAUUUAUAAAACUUUGGGUUAAUAUAUUGACUCUGCAUUAUUGCAAUAAAAGUUUAUAGCUAUAUAACGAACUUUAUUACUCAAUAAAUUAAUAAUAUAAUUAAAAAUGAGAGAAUUUGAGCUGAUCGAUACAUGGAGCCGUGUGCAACAGGAGAUUUUUAGGUCAGUUACUACGACUUCAUGCUGGCGUUGUAAUGAGGGUGCGAAUAAAGGAAAAGUCAUAAUAUCCCCGUGUAAAUGUACGAAUCAAUUCAUACACGUUCAUUGUCUAGAGAUAUCGGCAAAUACUCGGAACAUACUUCACUGUCAAUUUUGUCGUACUCGAUAUCCAUUAGAAAUAAAGCAUAAAUCAUUAUUAGAGUGUUACAGAGACAGUACAUUGCUUCAGAUGCUUCGAGAAAUUCGUGCUCCUCUUUUUGAUAUACUAAUUUUGAUAUUCUUCUACUCGGCUUUAAUUAUCGUACUUAUUUAUGCCCUUUAUGUGAUCAUAUCAUUUAAUAAUAUCUGGUAUCACAAAAUCUUUAUCAUUAUGGUCAACCUCUAUUUAUGGGCUUUUAUUUUCUUCAUUUAUAUGACAAUGCCUCAUGUAAUUUACUUUAAUAACAGAAUACGUGAAAUUUAUUCUCAAUGGUAUAAAAGCACUCAAGAAUUAAAACUGAUGGAACAAUACCCAAAUAAUAUUCGAGUAAUUUAAGUGUAUUAAAUAAAAUUUUAUUAUUCUGUAUAUUUGUAGGCUAUAAUAUACAGUUAUAAAGAAGAUGUAGAAAAAUUGCUUUUAUAAGAUAUUUUAUAUUUUUGACGAUACUUUAAGAGACUUUAAGAAUUCCCAGUGAGAAAUACCGAUCGAAAAAAAUGUAUUUCUGUAUUUUUCAUUGGGUUAAUUUCAUAUUUUUAAAUAUACUA